GAGAUGUUCAGAUAUUUCACACAAGCUAAACACAUUUUUGUUGUGGAGGGAAUUUCCAGUUGUUGUGCUAUUAAAUCUGCCGUCCUGAUUCAGCGAUGGUACCGUCAGUUUGUCGCCCGCAAAGAGAUGAGGCGGAGAUACACCUGGCACAUCUUCCAGUCCAUCGAAUACUCUGGAGAACAGGCUCAGAUAAAGCUUUAUAACUUCCUCGGCUACCUGAUGGACAAUUUCACACCUGCAAGCAAUGAGCGGAAUUUGAUCUCGCACAUCUUCAGAGACAAUGAGGUCUGUCGGGAUGCAGAGUGGGAGAGGUACUUCUGCUACAAGAACAUCGAGGUGCCAGGUCUUUACUCAGGACCCCACCUCACCUUCCCUCUGACGGUGGAGCAGGCGGUGGGGCUGGUGGAGGCCUUCAGGAACAAGAAGCAGCUGCACUCGCGCUACGUCCUCGAGCUACUGCUUGAAACGUGGAAACAGCUUCGGCUAUUGCCAAAUAUCAACCGUAUCUCCACCUGCCACAGCAAAGAAAUCACUAUUUGUGGAGAUUUGCAUGGACAACUGGAAGACCUGCUGCUGAUUUUCUACAAGAACGACAUGCCGUCCUUGGAGAAGCCGUAUCUGUUUAACGGAGACUUUGUAGACCGCGGCAAAGACUCCAUAGAGAUCCUCAUCAUCCUGUUUUCAUUCCUGCUCGUCUAUCCAAGUGAAGUGUACCUCAACAGAGGAAACCACGAGGACCACAUAGUCAACCUGAGGUACGGCUUCACAAAGGAGGUGUUGUCUAAAUACAGGAUGCACGGCAAACGGAUCCUGAAGCUGCUGCAAAAGAUUUUCAGCUGGUUGCCGUUAGCGACUGUAAUAGACCAGAAGGUGCUGGUUAUCCACGGAGGGAUCUCCAACACCACCGACCUCAGCGUCCUCGCCAGAGUGGACAGACACAAUUACAACUCGGCGCUGAGGCCUCCGAAGAAGAGACACCAGAGCGUAGCGGGGAUGUCGAUCGACUCGGACGAGGAGGCGGGGUCCACCAACAAGGUGUUGCAGCGCAGACCCUCCCUCACGUUUCCCAGAACUCUGACCAAAGACUGCUUCCAGAACCGCUCGCUCCAGGACUUCUCAGACCGGCUCAGAGCGAACACGGUGGAGGACGUGGAGAUCCACAAGAGGCUCCCGGGCCCCUUAGGACCAGAAAAUGACACGUCUCAGUCCUGCGAGUCUAUAAGCAGCGAAGACGAGUGGAAACAGAUCCUGGACUUGCUGUGGAGCGACCCCAUGGCUCAGGACGGCUGCGUGCCCAACGAGGUGCGGGGCGGGGGCUGCUACUGGGGCCCCGACGUCACUGAAGACUUCCUGAACAGACACAACCUGCAGCUCAUCAUCCGCUCGCACGAGUGCAAACAGGAAGGUUACGAGUUCUGCCACAACCGUAAGGUCCUCACACUGUUCUCCGCUUCAAACUACUACGAUGUGGGAAGUAACAGGGGGGCCUACGUGAAGUUAGGUCCAGACCUUGUGCCUUAUUUAGUUCAGUACCAGGCCAGCAGCAUGAUCAGAGAGCUCAGCGUGAGACAAAGUGCGGGGCGGAGCGAGCGUUCAGCCAACAAAGUCCUGCGGGAGCAGCUGUUUGCACAUAAAUCUGACCUGAUCUGUGCCUUCAAAAAGUUGGACAGUGAAAACAAAGGUCGUGUCAGUCUGGCCGACUGGGCGUCUGCGGUGGAGAGUGUGAUGCGCCUCGGCCUGCCCUGGAGGAUAAUGCGUUCUCAGCUGGUCACCGGUCGUUCUGCCGACAGCUCCAUCGACUACUACGAGUGGUUCAACGAGCUCGCCAUUAAAGGAGCCAACGCGGACCAUAUUGACCAGAGUCUGCUUGAGACUUUGUAUCGCCACCGCUCCACCUUGGAGACCAUCUUCAGAAUCGUAGACACGGACAACUCGGGCUUCAUCACCAUGGAGGACUUCCGGCAGACCUGGAAGCUGCUGAGCGUCUACCUGAAGAUGGAGAUCACGGAGGAAGCCAUCUCGGACCUGGCCGUCACCAUCGACAGCAACCAGGACGGCAGCAUCGACAUCGAGGAGUUCAUGGAGGCCUUCCGCCUCACGGACAAGAAGAGCCGACUGGAGCGAGGACUCAGCAUGUUCAUGGGGACAGCAACCGACCUCACCAAGCUGGAGGGAGACCCCAACAUCUGAGCAGAGGGAAACACUGAAAACUGACCUCAGCUCAGAUUCCUCACCGGGUAGCAGGGGGAGGGGAGACCGGGGAGAUAAAGCCAAGCUGCUUCUAUGACGCACAUUGAGACGUAGGAUGCUGCAGAGCAACAGCCGUUUUGAUCACAUGGGAUUAAGGCGAGGCUAGAGUUCAGGGUAUUUGACAGCAAAUGUCCACUUGACAUUUCAGUGCAGUUUUCAGAUGAAGCCAACUGUUCAUUUUAUUGAGAUAUAAUCACACAAAAAGUGUUGCAUAAACCACAAACACAGAAACAAAAGAACAUCAUAUUUAGGCUGAAUUGUUCAAAAAAUUAUAAUAUUAGAUUCUGCAUUUAUUAGCCAUAUCUGUCAUUAUUUUUAUCAAAAGACUUUUAAGAGUGAAAAGAAUACUGCAACUG